GCGCCAUUAUUUUAGCGCACAGCCGUCGCGCAGACCAGCGGCUGUGCUCAUCACAAUAUUAUGUACGCUUAGUUAGUUACCCAUAGUGUUAAGUGUAUACAGUGAAAUGUGCGACUUAUGACGAAGGCUCAACCACCAUGGAUCACUUUAGGCGACGACCCCGCUACAAGCUCCGAAGGGGCUCAGCAGAUUCGAACUAUUCGCAACCAUCGUCGGAGCUGUCGCUUGACGAAGACAAGGAGGCGCUGCGCCGCGAGAAGGAAGCGCAGGCUAUCAAACAGCUGGACAAGGCACGGGAGAAGCCAGUGGCGUUCGCGGUGCGCACCAAUGUGUCAUACGAUGGCACCGUGGACGACGACUCGCCGGUGCACGGCAGCGCCAUCUCCUUCGAGGUGCGCGAUUUUCUCCACAUCAAGGAGAAGUACGACAACAACUGGUGGAUCGGGCGGCUCGUGAAGGAGGGCAGCGACGUGGGCUUCAUCCCGUCGCCCGUGAAGCUGGAGGCGGUGCGGGGGCUGGGCGCGCGGCGCUACCCGCGGCCCGCGUCCGCCGCGCCGCCGCCGCACGCGCCGCCCCUCUCCCGAGGCGAGGAGUCGGACGGGCGGGCCGCGGGCGAGCGCGGGCGGCAAGGAGAAGCGCAAGCCGUUCUUCAAGAAGGCGGAGGCGAGCACGCCGUACGACGUGGUGCCGUCCAUGCGGCCCGUCGUCAUCGUGGGGCCCAGCCUCAAGGGUACGAGGUCACCGACAUGAUGCAGAAGGCUUUGUUUGAUUUCAAAAGACGCUUUGAAGGCAGGAUAAUAAUAACGCGCGUGAUGGCCGACAUAUCUCUCGCGAAGCGCUCUCUGCUCAACAACCCGUCGAAACGAGCCAUCAUGGAGCGUUCCAACUCGCGGUCCACUUGCCUCGCUGAAGUGCAGGCUGAAAUCGAGAGGAUAUUCGAGCUGGCUCGGACCCUUCAACUCGUGGUGCUGGACUGUGACACCAUCAACCAUCCCUCACAGCUCGCCAAGACUUCACUGGCUCCCACCAUCGUGUACCUGAAAAUCUCCAGUCCCAAGGUGCUACAGCGGCUGAUCAAGUCGCGAGGGAAGGGGCAGACCAAGAACCUGUCGGUGCAGAUGGUGGCUGCAGAGAAGUUGGCGCAGUGCCCGCCUGACAUGUUCGACGUGAUCCUCGAUGAGAACCAGCUCGAGGACGCUUGCGAACAUAUUGCUGAAUAUUUAGAGGCGUACUGGCGCGCGACACCCGCCGGUGCCGGAGGAGGCGGCGCCUGCACGCGCUCACAUGCGCGCACAACGCACGCCAUGCCUGGUGAGCGGGAUACGGGGACACAGACACAUACAGAUACAGCUCGUCUCAACUGCGGUGAUGCACCCCAUACCGCGGCAGGUCCCAGCGGCGCGGCCGGAGCGCCUGAGGAGGAGUACUACCCGCGCGGCGAGCGCUGCGAGCGGUACGAGCGCGGCUACCCGCGCGACUACCACGACUACGGGCCCGAGUACCCGCGCGAGCGAGCCCACACCGCGCAUGCGCCGGCGCCGCACGACGCGUACGGACACGACUACACGCGCGACGCGUACGCGCGCGACGAGUACGGACGCGAGUACGCGCGCGACGAGCGCGAGCGGCGCCGCGACCGCGACCCGCCCGACGACUACGGGCCUCGCGCCGCGCGCUCAACGCUGUAG